AGGUUUCCCAAUCAGUGCCCUGAUACCUAGAGGUUUUCCUUGUUCUCAUGUUGCCUGUGUUCCUAGUCAUCUUUAGUUUCAUAGUUUCUGAUGACUCCCUCAUUCAUUUCCAAAGUCACUCAUUAGUCCUCACCUGUUCUGAUUCAGUUAAUCUUCUGUCCCAUGGUUCUCCGAGUUUAAAAAAUAAUCGUUUUGCAUAUAAAGUGUAUAAUUCCUGAUCAGCGUCUGACAACUAAAGUCUUGAUGGGUUGUAUACCAAAGAAUACCAAAUGUUUCCACAUUGACAUUUCAGCAGUUUGGCACAACAGCAUAUAUUCUCUCUCAUGUCAGCAGAUUUGAGGAUCAUGAUUCUUGGUAAAUCUGAUGUGGGAAAGACUGCAACAGCAAACACCAUCCUGUGUAGAAAUGCGUUUCAAGCAGGGGCACAAUCUGAUACUUUAACCUGUGAGAAACAAGAUGCAGUAGUUUCUGGAAGGAAUAUCUCAAUCAUUGACACUCCAGGACUGUUAGAUGCUCAGAUGUACAAGCACUUUCAGGAUGAACUAAAGCGGGAUAUUGAUAAAUGCUUAGAAAUUUCUGCUCCUGGUCCUCAUGUGUUUCUGCUGGUCAUCAGACUGAAUGGGAAAUACACGGAAGAGGAGAAAAACACGGUCAAAUGGAUUCAGAAGAACUUUGGAGAAGAUGCAGUACGGCACACCUUUGUUCUGUUCACUAACAUGGAUUUGCUGAAGGAUGAAUCAUUGGAUCUGUAUAUCAGAAAAAGCCCUGAUUUACAGUCACUGAUUGACAGCUGUGGAAGAAGAUUUCACUCAUUCAACAACCAGCACAGAAACAACCAAAUUCAGGUGACAGAACUGCUGACUAAGAUCGAACAGCUGAUUGAAGACAAUGGAGAACAACAUUACGCCAGUGAAAAGAGCCGAAAGAAGAAACAAGAGGAGAUAAGACAUGACAAUAGUCAAGAGGACACAGAGAAAAACUUACAUGAACUGAAAAGAGAAACAGAUGAACUCUUGACACUCAUGAUGAGUCUUGAGAUGAGUGAGAUGGCUCAGAGAUUGUCACAAGCGAGAGCAAUGGCACAGAGCAAUCUGUCAAAACAAGAUCUGAGGAUUGUGCUGCUGGGUUUUCUUACAGCUGGUAAGAGUGCAACAGGAAACACCAUCCUGGGCAAAAAUGUGUUCAGAGCAAGUUUUAUGAAAACUACUAGAUGUGAUAAACAAGAAGCAGUGGUGCAUGAAAGGAACAUCUCAAUAAUAGACACUCCAGGACUGUUAGAUCCAUUCUUAUUCAGGCACAUUCAAGAUCAUAAUGAGUCUGAUAUUGAGAAAAGCUUAGAAAUGUCUGCUCCUGGUCCUCAUGUGUUUCUGCUGGUGAUCGGUGUGGAAGGAUUAGCAAGGGUGGAAAAGAACCCAGUUAAAUGGUUCCAGGAGAACCUUGAAAAGGAUGCUUUAAAUCACACUAUUGUUCUUGUCACAUUUGCUGAUUUGCUGGAUGCACUAAUUGAUGAACCUCUAAAUGAGUAUAUCCAAAAAAUCAAAGGACCUAAAAUCACUUAUAGACAGCUGUGGUGGCAGGUAUCUCUCAUUUAA